AUGUCUAUCUUACGCCGCCUCAACCCCAACCACCUAAAACUAAAACUACGCCGCCACCGCUUCGCCAGUGUCGCCGCCGCAGUACGCCAGGACACCGCGCUCUGGACCCAAGCCCCACUCUCCGAGAUUGAACCAGCCGCCGAGUCGCUCUUCCACGUCUGCAUCGACCUGUCCGACGCGCCCGACCUCGCUUCGUCCCACACGCGCGCUGGCCAGUAUCUCCAGCUUCGCGUCCCAGACGAGUCCAAGCCCUCGUUUCUGGCCAUCGCGUCGCCGCCUUCGUUGGCGGCGACAAAGGGCGUGUUCGAGUUCUUGGUGAAGAGCGUGGCGGGGUCCACAGCGGAGCUUCUGUGCAGGCUCAAGAGAGGGGACGUCGUGGAGCUAAGCCAGGCUAUGGGGAAAGGCUUCGAGAUUGAUCGGAUCGACCCGCCCGAGAAAUACCCAACGGUUCUAAUAUUCGCCACGGGAUCUGGAAUAAGUCCAAUCCGUUCUCUGAUUGAAUCGGGGUUUAGCGCCGAUACAAGAUCUGACGUCAAGCUCUUCUAUGGGGCUAGAAACCUCGACAGAAUGGCUUAUCAGGAUAGAUUUAAGGACUGGGAAUCUUCAGGUGUUGAGAUUGUGCCAGUAUUAUCACAGCCGCAUGAUGGUUGGACGGGACAAAGUGGUUAUGUGCAGGCUGCUUUUUCCAGAGCCAAGCAAAUUUUUAACCCUCUUUCUACAGCUGCUGUUUUAUGUGGGCAGAAGCAGAUGACUGAGGAGGUUACCUCAAUUCUUAUAGCAGAUGGAGUCUCCAGUGAAAAAAUACUGAAGAAUUUCUGA